AUCGUGCGCUUCUGCUCUCAGGAUAAGCGGGCAGUUUUUCAAAAGAAAAUCUCUCUCUUCUUUUUCAUCAUUUUCUCUCACUGUAUUUUCUCAUAUUAUCAUGGCCGCAUCGCUCCUGUUUCGCUCUUCUCUCUGUAUAAACCCUAAUCAGAGUUGCUUACAUGGAGCACCUUUCAACCACUCUUCUUCUUUUUCUAAAGUGUCUAUGAAUCAUUCAAAAUUUGUGCUUCCGAUUUCAAAGCGUUCAGAAUUAGGGUUUUCGAGCUCUCAGCUGAGUGGCAUUGGGAUUUCAUUCGGUGAAACCCUAAGAGGAGCCGUCUCCACCACCUACAGGCGGAUGAUUCAACCAGUUGCUCGGCGCGUCUGUCGCUUUACUGGUAAGAAGGCCAAUAGGGCAAACAAAGUCUCCUUCUCCAACCACAAGACCAAGAAACUUCAAUUUGUUAACCUUCAAUACAAGAGAGUUUGGUGGGAGGCAGGUAAACGCUAUCUCAAGCUUAGAUUAUCAACAAAAGCUUUAAAGACAAUUGAAAAGAAUGGUUUGGAUGCUGUUGCCAAGAAGGCCGGGAUCGAUCUCAGAAAAGAGUAACAACUCUGCCCAUCUAUUAGCUCCCACUCUCUAUGGAUUGUAAUCCACCAUAAAAAAGUGAGAGAAAAGAUUCAAAUCAUAUUUUCUGGGUUUUGUUUUCCAAUUGGUUUGAGCAAUUUCUUGUUAGAAGACUGGUUCAUGUAUUUACUUCCCUGUUUUGGCAAUGAAUUUGUAUUAUUUUUUUCAGUUAUUGAUUUUUCUUUCUA